AUGCACUCUAAUCAAAUGAUUAACCCACCUAAUCAAAUAAUUGAAUAUCUUAUAUUAGCUGGAUUUUAUGGUGCUGCUCGAGUAGGACAGUUUGAUUAUGAUCGAGGUUUGGUCUCAGCACUAGUUGAGAGGUGGCGUCCUGAGACUCAUACAUUUCACACUACACGUGGAGAAUGCACCAUAACAUUAGAGGAUGUAGCUAAACAAUUGGGCCUUCCAUGUGAAGGAAUGGCAGUUAUUGGCCGAACUGACUUUAAUUGGCAAGACAUAUGUGAAUGUUUUCUAGGUAUUAGACCAUCUGCAGAUAGACUAAGUGGGCAGCGACUACUUAUAAGUUGGUUGGAAGAGAACUUUAAUCACCUACCUGAUAAUGCGGAUGAUGUACAAGUUCAACAAUUCACUCGUGCAUAUAUCCUCAGGUUGAUUGGUGGAUAUCUCAUGCCAGAUAGAUCGGGUAGCAGGGUGUAUCUAAUGUACCUUCCACUACUUUAUGAUCUUCAAGAAGCUGGAAAAUACAGUUGGGGAUCAGCAGUUUUAGCUCACCUAUACAGAGAAUUGUGUAAUGCUACUAACCCAACUGAGGAUGGGAUUGGAGGAUGCUUAUCAUUACUUCAUUUAUGGGCAUGGGAUCGUUUUCCUAUGCUAGCACCACAACAACCUAGGUAUCCAGAUCCACAAUCUGAUAUCUACCCUCUCUUACCUCCUUUGGGUUUUAGAUGGAAAAAUGUUAGACAAAACCCACGUCCACUUGCUGCGUCUUUAAUCCGAUAUAGGAGCUUUCUGGAUAAAAUGACCGAUGAUGAGAUAAUAUGGCAGCCAUAUGAAUCUCCUUAUGUGCGCCAAUUGAUUCCUGAGUAUUGCUUGACAAUACCCGAAAUUUGGCGUGCUUCAGUUCCUUUAAUAUGUUUUAAUAUUAUAGAAUGGCAUCAUCCUGACCGUGUACUACAGCAAUUUGGUCGUCAGCAACCAAUUCCUUCCAUGCCUGUUCAUUUGAGAAAUUACCACACGAUCCAAUUACGAGGUAAAACAACUACAAAUUGGAUUGACAAAUACGCAGAUUUCAUUCAAGCAUGGGAUAGAUGGCCACAUGUAAUUGUUAAUGCUCCUAUAGCAUUUGAUGAACUUGAUCGAAUAUCUCAGUACAUGCAAUGGUAUUGGAGACAUACAAGACGAUGGAUUCAACGUAUCAGUAGUGAUACAGGUCGUGCGUCUGACAUAGCAGAGGAGCUAUACAGGCUUUCAAUUAAUUCUCGUUCAACAUGCCCUAGUUGUGUUGAUUAUCGAGAUAGGGUUGCUCACGACCAGCGUAACAUUUUACUUGCACUUAGAGAACAAUGUUUUAAUGUAAACCCUCAGCCUGCUCCACCAACAAUUGAGUUGCCUCGGCCACAAAUUCCUCGUGAUAGACCAAGCAAGCGACGAGGUGGUUACUUGUCUACCCAACCUAUAAUUGAAAACGAAAAUGCAAGGGAACAGGAACCUCCAAUUUUUACUCAGGCUUCUGACAUAUCACUGUCACCAUCAUCCCCCUUCAUCUCUAUCGAUCCUACACAACUUGAGUCUCGUUACAUGGCACCCUCAUCAUCAUCCCCUUCCAACUCAGCCAAUCCUUCUCAAUUUCAACCAUUCAUGACUUUAUUAGAUAAUCCUGCAUUAUUUUCAGCUGAAUACAAUGCUUCUACUUUUGAACAUGGUGGACCAUCAAAUGAAGCAUUUGUCACUCCUCGACAAUCUAUACAUUUAAAUGAAUCACCCUGGUUUGAUUUGAACACGCCAACUAUACAAACAAAUGAGACAUUUGAAGCUCAAGAAAUUGACAUACAACAACAACGCCCAUAA